AUGAGUCGGAUAGGGGCCUGGCUUCGGGGUUCUACUCCCGCCCCGAGCCAAACUUCAAGUCCUGCAGCCUCGCAAACAGAUCUUCGAGCUCGGGAGACGGCCUCCCUCGUAGAUGCGUUAAAUGCCACCGCUUUAAUUAUGAACGAUGACAUCGACGGUGCCGAAGAGAGGUUGCGAAAGGGCGACUCAGCAUUUCAUCUCCUUGGAAUGGGAGUCUGCACUUUUAUGAGGAGUAUCCUUGGAUUCGAAAAGUCAAUUAUGGCCGAAACCAUCGCUCGUCUUAACGAUUGCGAGACACGUUCCUUGAGUGAGAUGAAAAAAGCUCAGAAGGAGGCCGAGGCCAGUAAAGCCGAAGACAGGAUAUACCCCCCAGGAAGCGAGUACGCCCUGGUUAUAGCUUAUGCACACCUCAUGUCCGCCGUCGUCGCCGUUUUGAAUGAGAGUUUGACGGAGGGCCUCAGGGGGUUCUAUAAGCUACGGAAAGCUUUUAUUACGCUUGAUGGGCUCGUGGAAGCGGAGACGGCAUAUCUAAAAAGAAAGGGGCUCCACUCGGAUUCAUCUAGCGACGAUACUGACACGGAUCUCGAAUUUGUAGAUGCGGAUGAGGCACAUUCGGGAACGCAAACUCCUUUAGAUUAUGGCGGUCAUCUUACUACGGGCCCUGAUGCAGCCGAGAAGGAACUGAGUAAACUGUCUCUAAAUUCUAACGGUACUUCUAAGUUAUUAUCUGCUAAGGGUAGCUCCGAGGUAUUCACCAGCCCAGCCGACGUUUUUAUUCAUAGCGGUGCCAACAUGGCGUAUGGAGUCCUAUUAACUCUCCUUACCAUGGUUCCGCCAGCGUUUUCUCGUCUACUAUCUAUUAUCGGCUUUAGGGGGGAUCGUGAACGAGGCUUACAGUUGCUGUGGCAGAGUUCUGGGUUCAAUAAUGUUAACGGAGCUGUAGCAAGUCUCAUGUUGCUUUCUUAUUAUCAUGGUCUUCUAAGCGCCGCCGACAUCCUCCCCUUCGAUAACGACAAUGAAAAGAGCACUACUGUAGGUUACCCAAAAGCCAAGUGCAUUGCAUUACUGGCCCAGAUGCGCUCGAGAUAUCCAGAUAGUGGCCUCUGGCGCUUUGAGGAAGGUCGAGUACAGGCAAAUAGUAAGGACUUGCGGGGUGCUCUCGAGAUUUUAAAGAGCAAUACGGAGUCGAAAAUGCGCCAGGUCACAGCUAUCAACAAUUUUGAGAUGUCUCUGAAUUCUAUGUUUAUUCACGAUUAUCCCGACAUGCGCGACAAUUUCCUCCGCUGCAUCGAGCUCAACGACUGGAGUCCUACUUUAUACUACUACAUUGCCGGGUGUGCGGAACUAGAGAACUACCGAAAUGCAUUCCACAGUAAAGCAGAGGAGUCACAAAUCCAGUUACAUAAGAAGAAGACAGAUGAACUCUUCAGAAAGGGGCCCACGCUAGCUGGUAAGAAACGCUUCUUAGCUAAACCGAUGCCGUUCGAGCAGUUCGUAGUUCGGAAGAUGCAGAAGUGGGAGGAGAGAUCCAAAGCGUUGGGGAUAGAUCUGGUAGAUGCUAUUGGUCCCAGCCCAUCGGAAGAGAUGACGUACCUUUGGAACGGAAUGAAGAAAAUGCAGCCCUCGGAGCUGGAGUUUUCGAACAAGGUUCUGUCCUGGGAUAGGUUAACAGCACCGAAGGAGGCGCGGAAGAAGAUAGAGGCAGAAUUAGACGAAGAAGCCGUGCGAAACGUCUGUCGAGCCGCCGUGGCGCGAUCACUGGGUAAUAUUGACGAGGCACGCGAAUUGCUCGACAGCGUUUUAGCUAUGGAUAGACUGGCAUUUAGAGGCCCCACGAAAGACGAUUAUGCGUUGCCAGCAGCAAACUACGAGAUGGCCGUACUUGCAUGGAUUGAGAUACAAAGACCUGAAGUGCGAAGGGAUGACGACAAAGGGGACGAGGAGGAGUGGCUACGGGAGAAAACGGAGGAAUGCCAGGCCUGGCUCGACAAGGUAGCUAACUGGGGAGCGUUUACCUUAGACGCCCGGAUCGGCAUGCGUGUCCAGACCGGUAUGGAUACUGUGAGCUGGUACAAGAAGCAUCAUGGGUGGGCAAGCGCUUGA